GCGUCCGCCUCUUCUAAACACAUGACUUGAAGUACUCGGAGUUAGAUAGACCGUAGCUCUGAAAUUGCGUUUCAUUUUUAAGAUUUAUUCCAUCCAUUUUCCGGUACGGUGCAAAAAUGAAGUUCGGUUGUUUAUUCGCGGUGUUGUGUCUCGCAGUCGGGGCGAUUGCAGGAAAGUAUUCUCGAGAAAUGAACGAUCAGAAACCGUCCGUGGACGGUAAGAGCACGGUGGAAUUUAGGAUAGCUAAACUCAACCAGGUGUGGGAGAAAGCGACCAGGAUGCAGUUGCCCCCAGUGCGUCAGGCAGAGCUCCACAGUGAUCUGAAGAUCCAGGAGAAAGAUGAAUUACAGUGGAAGAAGUCUAAGGCAGAAGGGAUGGAUGAGAAUGGAGAGAGAGAGGCCAAGCUACGACGUGGCUUCAACGUGAUCCUGGCUAAGUAUGGGAUGGAUGGGAAGAAGGACACCAGACCUCUAGAAUCUAACAACCUGAAGGACCAUGACAUCAGAGAAGGAGACAUGUUUGAUGACCCCAGACUGGACAAACUGUGGAAUAAGGCUAAGAGUUCUGGUAAGUUCUCAGAGGAGGAGAUGCAGAGUCUGAAGAGGGAGUUUCAACACCACAAGGACAAGAUCAGCGAGUACAACAUCGUCAUGGAUACCGUCAGCCGCACGGAGGAGAUCCAUAAGAAUGUGAUCUCUCCAUUAGAAGGGGAAGUUAAACAACAUGUCCUGCAUCAGAAACACACCGACCUGAAGGACAAGAUGAGGGAUCUGAACCAGGGCUUUGAACGCCUGAGGAAACUCAGCCACGAAGGCUUCAGCGAGGACAGCGAGUUUAAAGAGCCCAGGGUGAAAGAGCUGUGGGAGAUGGCACAGAGAGCCAACCUGACUGGGGAUGAACUGGACUCGCUCAAGGAGGAACUGAAGCACUUUGAGACCAAGGUAGAGAAGCACAGCCACUACCAGGAACAGUUGGAGUUAUCCCACCAGAAGCUGAGACAUGUAGAAGCUCUAGGAGACAACGACCACAUCCUGAGAAACCAGGAGAGAUACAAUAACCUGGCCGAGAAGACCAGAGAGAUGGGAUACAAGAUGAAGAAGCACAUGCAGGAUUUAACCAGCAAGAUCUCCCGUAAAGGACUGGACCGUAACGAACUGUAAGGGGUUACUCAGACGAGGCCCUGGGGGGGGGGGGGACAGAAGGCCCUGGGGGGGAGGGGGGGGGGCAGAAGGCUGUGUGUUUUCAACAUCGGGACUCGAAACAACAAAUUAAGUCUUGCUUCGUGUUUUUCUUGCCACAGUGGUUCAGAGUGGCGAUGCUGCUGUCAUGACAACCCUACGAUGAACUGCUAAUCUGCCCGUCUAUAUAUAUAUACACACACACACACACACUUCCGUCCACAUCGCUCUUUUGUAGACUACUUUUAAUGAAAUCAGUGUUUUUCCGCGUAAAUCUCAUUUGUGAUCAUGUUCCAUUUGAAUAAUGAUGAGCCUGCUUCUAAUCUCAAAUGGCACCCUAUUCCCUACAUAGUGCACUACGUUUGACCAGGGGCCCUAUGGAAGUAGUGCACUGUGUCGGGAAUAGGGUACCAUUUGGGAUGGAGAACGUGUCUUUCAGUGCCACUACUUGUUUUGUGUAAAUAUGUGUAUAUAUAUACCUACUGUAGGUACAUCUGAUUAUGCCCGUGUAUCAAAUGUCACCCUAUUCCCUACAUAGUGCACUACUUUAGACCAGAGCCCCCUGUACGUUCUUGAUCAAACACCUACUAACUUUGAUCAAGAGUUUUAUUCUGAAAGUAUUUGAGACGACCACAUAUUACCACCAUCGAACCUUUUCUAGGGAAAUAGCUGCGUCGCCGUAGUAACGCGCGGUAUCAGUGGAGUUGACGACGACGUCGCCGUAGUAACGCGCGGUAUCAGUGGAUUUGACGACGUCGCCGUAGUAACGCGCGGUAUCAGUGGAUUUGACGACAUCGCCGUAGUAACGCGCGGUAUCAGUGGAUUUGACGACAUCGCCAUGGUAACACAUAGGAUCAUUGGUAUAUCAGAAAAUCUCAAGAACUCCUCCGUGACCUUUGGCCUAAUGGUGAAAUCCCCGAGCGGUUUCCAUCCUCUCUGGCAACUCGGUUAGGACGGACGCCUGAAUCUUUUGCAGUGACUUGGUGUGUUGAUAUUCAAUGUCUGCUUUCAGCGUUUUAUUCAUCUACCAAAAUAUGGUGCCCUUCUUUUUGCGAGGUUAUUGUAAAACCUCUCUGGUCUUUUGUGGUUGAAAUUCACAGCUCGAUUUGAAGGACCUUACAAUUAUCUGUAUGUGUGAUGAGGUAAGUCAUUCAACAGUCAUGUUGAACACUGUCCUUGCAGACAGAGUGAGUCCUUGUAACUGAUGUGGCUUUAAGUACAUAUUUACUACGGCACUUAAUUGGCCUUGUUAUAACAAUGGGGUUGAAUACUUGACUCAUGAACAUUUCAGAUUUUCAAUUUAUUUGUCAAAAUAAUAAUCUAAAAAUAUAACUUUGACAUGAUGGGAGUAUUGUGUGUAGGCCCAGUGGAGAAAAUAUAAUAAUCUAAACUGAAUCCAUUUUAAAUUAAAGCUGUAACACAAGGGGCUGUAUUAACCAAUCAGAGAGUUACUGAGAGAACCAGUGUCGUGAUUGUAAAUCGAUGUUAACAGUCUUUGAACCAGUCUUAUUGGCCCAUGUGGGCGGGGCAUCCUGAAGAUGCAAAACACUGUAACAAA